AUGCAAUCUGUCCUUUGUUAUAAGCCAUUGUCCAGACAAGUGCUUCAACGUUGCUCUCAAUUGAAUUUAUUCUUGAAAGGGAGGGACAGGCAAAGCGCUCACAAGGCAGACAGGGCCCGUAAAUACUCGACAGCGGCGUUGGCGCCUGUUGAAUUUCGAGUGGAUAUAGCUGUUCCUUGCAUUUCUCCUAAGGUGUCAGACUCGAUGCUGCGCGUUCGAUCUCACCCCUUAAUAACCUCAACGAAACUCACAUCGGCAAAUCUGGCACUCGGAACGACCGCAAAUCCACUGGUGUGCUUUCAGUCGCCGUUUUUUGAGCCCCACUGCGAGGAUGUCUGUCUAAAUUGGUUCUCAGCUGAGCAUGUGGAAGGAAGGGGCUUAUCGCAUGGGCCUACCUACGAUGUCCACCCGCGCAAGCCCGUGUGGGUUCGUCAUAAGAUGGGUGUCACCCGCAAGGUACCCCUCUCUGUGCAUCGCCCGUUCGCCCAUACAAUGGCUGAAGACACGCCUCAAUCUACGCCCCGCCAGGAUAACUCUCCGAGCCCAGACGUUGAGAAGGUUGAGCUCAAGAUUCUCAAUGAGUCUGAGAUUGCGGAACUCACCGGAGCGCAGUUCGAUGACCCGAACUUGGACAAGGAACAUAUCGUUUCCUUCGACGACGAGAGUCCCUAUCCCGAAGUCCGCUCUGCCGUUGCAAACACCGAUGACUUCGACAUGCCCCAGAUGACUCUGCGGGUAUGGGUGAUCGGCAUAGCUGCGGCCAUUAUCAUUCCGGGCCUCAACCAGUUUUUCUUCUUCCGGUUCCCGUCGAUCACUAUGAGCGGCAUCGUGGCGCAGCUGCUCUCAUUCCCUAUUGGACGUGCUUUCGCAGCCUGGCUUCCCAACUGGAAAAUAUUUGGCAUUUCGAUUAACCCGGGGCCGUUCACUGUCAAGGAACAUGUGCUUAUUACCAUCAUGGCCUCGGUUGGGGCAGGGUCCGCAUAUGCGACUGACAUCGUUGCGGUCCAAAGGGUUUACUACAACCAGAUUUAUAACUUCAGCUAUCAAUGGUUCGUCGUGAUGUCGACUCAGCUCAUAGGAUUCUCCAUUGGAGGAGUCGCCCGUCGUUUCCUUGUCGCCCCACCAUCCAUGAUCUGGCCUGCAAACCUCGUGAACUGUGCCUUGUUCAACACCUUACAUUCCCAACAAUACGCGGGUAUCGGAAAUCGAGGAGGGCUCAGCCGCGAGAGAUUUUUCGUGUAUGCCUUUACCUGUGCAUUCGUGUGGUAUUUCUUCCCAGGAUAUAUUUUCCAGGCUCUGUCCUAUUUCUCAUGGGUUACCUGGAUUCGCCCUGAGAACACCACUAUCUCACAGUUGUUUGGAUAUGUCCAUGGAAUGGGAAUGUCAGUCAUAACUUUCGACUGGAGCCAGAUCGCGUACAUCGGUUCACCCCUUGCUACUCCUUGGUGGGCUGAAGCGAAUAUUUUCGCCGGCUUCGUUUUCUUCUUUUGGUUCUUGACGCCGGUAUUGCACUUUACCAACACUUGGUUUGGCGAAGACAUGCCAAUUUCCUCGAGAAUUUCUUACGACAAUCAAGCGAAAAAUUAUAAUGUGAAUCGGAUAUUGACUCCCGAUUCUACCUUUGAUCUCGCAGCAUACAAGGCGUAUAGCCCUCUCUUCCUUUCGACGACGUUUGCGAUUUCAUACGGACUUUCGUUUGCCUCGAUCACCGCCACCCUUAUGCAUGCUUUCCUGUACUUCCGCAAGCAGAUAUGGGUCCAAGCUCGCCGUUCAUUGCACGAGCAGCCCGAUAUUCAUGCCAGGCUCAUGUCCAAAUAUCUUCAAGUUCCAGAAUGGUGGUAUCUCACCAUCUUCUUGAGCAUGUUCACAAUCGGUAUUAUAAGCAUUGAAGUCUGGCCGACUGAAAUGCCUGUCUGGGCGUUCGUCCUCGCCCUCCUGAUUGCUUUCACCUACGUCAUUCCCAUCGGAAUGGUUCAGGCUAUCACUAACCAGCAAGUCGGACUCAACGUUAUCACCGAAUUAAUUAUCGGGUAUGCACUUCCUGGAAGGCCAAUUGCCAUGAUGAUGUUCAAGACUUGGGGUUACAUUGCGAUGGCCCAAGCGUUGACUUUCACCUCAGAUUUCAAGCUCGGCCACUAUAUGAAGAUCGCACCCAGGCCCAUGUUCUGGAGCCAGGUCGUAGCCACAGUUGUUGCAGGGACGGUUCAGCUCGGGGUGCAGGCCUGGAUGUUCACGAAUAUCCCUGAUAUGUGCUCUCCGGACCAGCGAGACGGAUUUAUCUGCCCCAGUACUGAGGUAUUCGGUACUGCAAGUAUAAUUUGGGGGGUCAUCGGGCCAGCUCUUCAGUUCUCAAAGGGACAGACGUACUAUCCGCUCGUGUUCUUUUUCCUAGUCGGCGCAAUUGCUCCCGUCAUCCCGUGGGCGUUGGGCAAGAGAUAUCCAAACAGCCUCUUGAAAUAUAUCAACGAUUCCACUGCUGAACCUGCCGUUAGCACGCCGGUGAUUUUUAAUGGAACAGGACUUAUCCCUCCUGCCACCGCUGUCAACUAUAUUCCUUGGGCCGGAGUCGGAUUCAUCUUCCAAUAUCUGAUCAGAAGACGGCAUUUCUCUUGGUGGACCAAGUACAACUACGUUCUAUCCGCCGCUCUUGAUUCUGGACUCGCCAUUUCGAUUCUUGUGAUUUUCUUCGCUCUGCAAUUCCCAAAAAAUGGCACGAUUGGGGAGACGAGCAUCCUCAACUGGUGGGGAAACACGGUCCCAUUUGUCGGUGCAGACUUCGCCGGAACACCAGUGCGCACUCUGGAACCAGGGAAGAAAUUUGGACCGACGACCUGGUGA